CAAGUCACUUUCAUCUCUCUGCGUCUCUCUUUCUCUCUCUUUCUGUAUUUUUUUUUCUGUGUUCUAGGCUGAGAUUUCUUGGUUUCUCGAUCUCUAAAAUUCAGUAACACGAAAAUGACCUAUUUAUCAUCUCGUCUUAUUUGUGUAGAUUUUAUUAUAGUAUAUAGUUUGAAAAACAAAAUAAAGUACUUUUUGUCUCAUCUGUUUGAGAGAAUGGCCUUGGCCUUGGCCUUGGCCUUGGCCUUGGAGGGGAAGGAAUGCGCUGCCAUUGGUUGGAAAAUGAAAUUCACACCCAAAAUAAAUAUAUAUCUCUCUCUCGUAUAAAACCCUCCCACACUUGCAAAAGCAAGAAACCCUAAGAUCUUCCUCCUCUCGCUCAUCUCCGACUCCAAACCGUACAAUCUCAUCUCGCCUCUCAGCUUUUCUUGCUUGCGAUCAUGGAAGGAAGUGCGACUCCGAUCGUGGAACCAGAAUCCAAGUUUGGCUCGAACGUGGAAGGAACUGAGACUCCGAUUGUGGAAGCAGAGUCCAAGUUUGGCUCGACCGUGGAAGGUAGCGAGACUCCGGCUGUGGAACCAGAGCCCAAGGAUGGCUCGACCGUGGAAGCAAGUGAGAAUGAUAAUCCGAUUGUGGAAGCAGCGUCCAAGGAUGGCUCGACCCUGGUUGUAAAUGCAUAUCGUAUAAAGGUAGGAGGAGAUGACUCGACUCCAAUAUCCAAGUUCCUCUUGAUAGAUGUUGACUCCAUGUGCCUGCAUCUUCCUUUUGUCCGGGUUGUCUCCACUGUGGAAGGAGUAGAUGCAACACGUAUAGCGGAAGGAGGAGAUGACUCGACUCCAAUAUCCAAGUUUCUAUUGAUCAUCAGAGCAAUAGGAGAUUACGACUUUUCCAAUGUGUCCCUGAGCUCUCCUUCAAUACCAAGGCUGCCAGCUCCUUAUCUCGUUUUUAUGGAGGAAUUCCUUAAACCCUAUGCCAAGGCGAGACGCACCAAGGACAGAACUUUAGUUGCUGCUUUAACUGCUUGUGGGAAAAAGUGGACCUUCAUGUCCAAGACUGACCAGGAACCUUUCCGUCUUGAGUCUGCUAAACGUAUGGAUGUGUACCAGAAGCACAGGGCAGUCUUCGACCGCCUUUUCUAUCCCAUGCAGCCUCCUUCUGAUGGUGAAUUUGAUGACGAGCCUGGUCAGCAAAUUAUGUCUCCAUUCGGCAUUUUCGUUGAAUACGAGGUCUUCCUCGCCGGCACGCGUCUCACAAGCUUUAAUGGUUCAUUUGGAAAAUGGAAUUCCAUGUCAGCUGAGGAUAAUUCCAUUGCGUUCUUUGCGCAUUUACUUGACAAAUACCGUGAUGUGAAUUACCAUGAAUCAUCUUCUGAUGGUUCCUCUGAAGAAACCGAGUAUUUUCGCCCAACAAAUGGGCUUCUAGUUUAUCUGGAGGAGUUUCUGAGUGAGUACGAGAAGGAUAAAAAAGUACUCAAAAAGAGCAGCACGCUCGUUUUUGAAGAGCUAGUCCAAGAAUGGGACAUGAUGACUGAAGAGCAGCGCUGUCCUUAUCACGACAAGGCUAAGAAGUUAAUGAACAUGUAUGAUCACACAGUCUUCGCAACUUGCGUUAGGAUUUCCAGAAGCAGGCUUCGCAACUUGCGUUAGGAUUUCCAGAAGCAGAUGAGCUAUCAACUGUGAGAUAAGUAAGCAAAGAGACUAAUCAAAAGUCUAGUUUGGGAUUAUAAUGAUGCUCAGCUUGAAUUUCUUAGUAAUGCAUUCUUAGAAAAUUCUGUUACCUAAGACGUUUGCGUAGCACAGGAUCUUAAGAUGUUUUCUAUGACUUUUGACCAUUCGGUCUAUAGUAAAAAUACAUAUGGACAAAGUAUUACUCUUUGA